GAUUCGAACCAUUCUAUACGCCUUGUUAAUGUAUCCCGAAUGUAAUAUUUUGAAAGGGAACACUGCUAGGAAUUGUGGUUUCCAAAAUUUCACCGACAUUUCGCUAACUUCACGCGGUGGGGGUGUGCGUGUCGGAAGCGUCUGUCAAAACGUAGGCUGCAAUGACCGGUGAGUGAUGGACCUGAUCAAAGGAUGUAAGGAGGUAUCUUCAGAACAAAGUUUUUACGAGGAAGCUGACAAAUACUGGAAAACAAUAUCACCUACCCUGGAUGGAAUGCUUGGAGGCUAUAGCCAUAUCUCAACUUCUGAUGUUCUUGGUUCCAGAAAAUUUUUAAGAGAAUUUCUACAGGGUUCAAAUCCGCGAUUACGACAUAAGAGAGCAUUAGAUUGUGGAGCAGGAAUUGGAAGAGUAUCCAAAUUAUUUCUUUUGCACAUUUUUGACACUGUCGACCUUCUGGAACAAAAUGGUGAAUUUCUCAAGCAAGCACCAAGUUAUUUAGGACCUGAAUUGUCGAAGAAAGUGGGAGAAUAUAUCUGUGCUGGAUUACAAGAUGUAAAUUUGAAGCCAAAUUUUUAUGAUUUAAUCUGGGUGCAAUGGGUAACAGGACAUUUGACGGAUGCUCACUUUAUAGAAUUUUUACACAAAUGCCAGAAUGCGCUUUUGCCUGGCGGUCUGCUAAUAUUGAAAGACAAUAUCUCAUCAGGUGAUGUGGAAUGGGAUAAAGUUGAUAGCAGUGUCACAAGAACACAUGCACAACUACGAAGGAUAUUCAAACAAGCAGGAAUGAAGAUUGUGAAAGAAGAACAUCAGACUAACUUUCCAGCAGAAUUAUAUAAGGUUUUUAUGUUUGCAUUAUCUAAAGAAGAUUCAUGACACAGUUUUUGGACUUCACCUCAUAUGCUUUUUAUUUGCAUACUGUAGCUUUAUAGCCUGUGUUAAGCCUGUUUUUUGGUGGAUUUUGCAUGUUAUAGCUUGAUAAAUGACAAAUACUGAUCAAUAUGUUUGCACAACAAAAGUGUUUGUU